AUGAUGGCCCUCGUUAUGGAACCUAUUAGCAAGUGGACGCCCAAACAAGUAGUGGAUUGGAUGAAAGGUCUUGAUGACUGCCUCCAACAAUACAUUAAAAACUUUGAGAGGGAAAAGAUCAAUGGAGAGCAACUUUUGCACAUUACGCAUCAAGAGCUUGAAGAGUUGGGAGUCACUCGGAUUGGCCACCAAGAACUCAUUCUGGAAGCCGUGGAUCUGCUCUGUGCUUUGAACUAUGGACUGGAGACAGAGAACCUGCGCACACUCUCUCACAAGCUGAACGCCUCGGCCAAAAACCUUCAGAACUUCAUAACGGGUAGAAGGAGGAGUGGCCAUUAUGAUGGCAGGGCCUCCCGAAGACUGCCAAAUGAUUUUCUUACCUCUGUGGUUGACUUGAUUGGUGCUGCCAAGAACUUGCUUGCCUGGCUAGACAGGUCUCCAUUUGUCAGUGUGACAGAAUAUUCUCUGUUGAAAAAUAACAUUGUUCAACUGUGCCUGGAACUAACAACCAUAGUGCAGCAGGAUUGCACAGUGUAUGAAACAGAAAAUAAAAUUCUUCAUGUGUGUAAAACGCUCUCUGGAAUCUGUGACCACAUCAUCUCCCUCUCAUCCGACUCUUUGGUCUCACAAUCAGCUCACCUUGAAGUUGUUCACCUUACCAGCAUCAUGCCUAGUGAAGGUUUGGGGAUGUAUAUCAAGUCAACAUAUGAUGGGCUGCACGUGAUCACUGGAACCACGGAAAAUUCUCCAGCAGAUCAGUGCAAGAAGAUCCAUGCGGGAGAUGAAGUGAUCCAGGUCAACCAUCAAACUGUGGUCGGCUGGCAGCUAAAGAACCUGGUAAAUGCAUUGCGUGAAGACCCCAAUGGGGUGAUUUUAACCUUGAAGAAACGGCCACAGAACACCCUGGUGUCUGCUCCUGCUCUUCUGAAGAACGUGCGGUGGAAACCUCUUGCCCUGCAGCCCGUGAUUCCUACGAGUCCAACAAACAGCUCCACAACCCCCACCAGCACAAUCGGCAUGGGCUCGAAAAUUGACAGCUCGACUCUCCAGGAUGUUUUCAUCCUCUCCCCUAUGUCAGGACUCUACAGCCCAAGAGACGAAAUUGGAAUAAUGUCUUGUGACGACAUCAGCAAGUAUGGUGUUGGAAAGACCGGGAUGAAAGGUUCUGAGUCCCCGAGCUACUUUUUGGAGCAUGAAAGUGGAAAGUAUUACACGUUAAUUGAAGGCGAGAGCCAUCCGGCGAGCUCUGAAUAUGAACGAGGCAGAGCGACAGGGGUGCGGCGAAGAGAAAAGACUCCCACGCAUGGUGAUCUGAGACCAGUUUCUAUGCCAACAGAGUACAGCUGGAUAGGAGAAUCAAAAGAGCCAAAUAUGUACAAGAGGGGCAGCCGAGAUUCUGAAAAUUCCCUCCUGCGGUAUCUGAGUGAUGACAAGAUCUUGGUGAUCCAGGAAGAGCCUUUGACUCAGAAAGAUAACAAGAGGGAUACUGGCCGCAGGUCAAGAAAAAAGGGCAAGAACAGCGGGAGUCCCAAUUACCCCAUUAGCCCUUCCAUGUUGACCUCAUCUGUGAGCGUACGCCUUGAACCUGGACAGCAAGAGGUCUUGAAUUUCUCCUUAGCUGAGAGCAACACUGUGCCACUUUAUCACAGAGCAGGCGACACAGUCGGCGGAGAUUCUGAAAGAUAUGCAAGUUCUGCUGUCGAGCGUCAAGGGGGCGCAUCAAUGAGGAAGUCUUUUCACUACGCUUCCUUGCGGGUCAAAAGCAAAAAAUGGCCCAAAGGAGGCUCGCUGAACAACAGCAGCAGGCGGCGGAUUUCCUGCAAGGACUUGGGGCACGGGGAUUGCGAGGGCUGGUUGUGGAAGAAAAAGGAUGCCAAAGGUUACUUCACCCAGAAGUGGAAGAAAUACUGGUUUGUCCUGAAGGAUUCUUCCCUCUAUUGGUACACCAACCAGAAUGAUGAAAAAGCAGAAGGAUUCAUCAGUUUGCCCGAGUUCAGGAUAGACAGAGCCAUUGAAUGCAGGAGGAAACAUGCCUUCAAAGCUUGUCACCCCAAAAUCAAGAGCUUCUACUUUGCAACAGACUGCCUGGAAGAAAUGAAUAGAUGGAUGAACCGUCUGGGCCUUGCAGCCAUUGGUUAUACGCCUGAUGACAAGGACAUUCGGCCCGAUGAAGCAGAUUACUGGAGUGAAAGCGACCAGGAAGAUAUUGAUGGCUCUUUAACACUGAAACAAGAGGCCCCUAUAACACUUUGUGAUACCUAUCACCGAACACCCUCAAUGAAUUCUUCAAGUCCAUUCCCUGAGCCUAAACAAGGCCGGCACUUCUCCAGUGAAUCAACCUAUUCUCAUUCUUCUGCGGAAGAUUCCCGACAAGAUCCAACGGGGAGUACGCACUCAUCAGGUUGUAGACCUCCCUACAGAGAAAGACGGUCCUGGCAGGAUCUCAUAGAGACCCCAUUGACCAGUUCAGGGCUCCAUUUUCUCCAGACUGUUCCUCCUGACCCUGAGUACAUGAGUGGCCGACUUGGAAUGUCACCCGAGAGGCGGAGACAAGCAACACUGCCAGUCCAAAGACGACAUAACCUGGAACAGGAUGGCCCUUUCCCAUUGGUCGAGUACCACCGAGGUCAAAGCUCUCACGCCAAACACCAGAAGCAACGUAGUCAAAGCCUUCCACGAAACAGAGAUGUCCGAAUCAAAGGCUGCGUAACACCUGCUGAAAUAACAGAAGAGAGAUCAGAAGAAAAAGUGCAUAUUAAAAAGCGAAGCAGUUUGUGUGAAGAAGAAAACACGGAAGAACUAAAAGGGAGUAAAGAUGGUCUACACGAGUUGUACAAGACCCUGGAGCAAGCUAGUCUGUCUGCCUUUGGAGAGCAGCGCCCAUCCACCAAGCAAGAAUUUCGGCGGUCCUUUGUAAAGAGAUGCAACGACCCCGUGAUCAAUGAGAAGCUUCAUCGCAUCCGAGCACUCAGGAGCACUUUAAAAGCAAAGGAGGGAGAUCUUACCAUUAUCAACCAUCUGCUACAUGAUCCCACCCUAACGUCAAAGAAAUUCAAAGAGUGGAAAGUAAAGAACUAUGAAUUUUUCCUGGACAUUUGUGAGUACAACGCUGCUCUGAAAGCUCAGAAUGGGGCCUCUGAACUUGCGAGCCCUGCCCCCCUGCUGACACACACGCAUUCCUUCAUCGAAACGCACGUCUGA